CUGACAUCCGCAACAAUUCAUCACCGAUAUCAUCACCGACCUCCGUCCCUUCUCAAGUUCCACACCGUAAUGAGCGCGCGCGGCCCACGCAAAGGAGAGAACUACGAAUUGAGCAUCGACUGAACAGUGGAUGGCCGGACAAGCGAAAGGACGCUAUCAAGCGUGUUAUUGCAUCCAUGACUGUGGGAAAAGACGUCAGCGGUUUGUUCCCAGAUGUACUCAAGAACAUGCAAACGGAUGAUCUCGAGCAGAAGAAGCUGGUGUAUCUGUAUCUCAUGAACUAUGCGAAGACGCAACCAGAACUGGUCAUUCUGGCGGUGAACACUUUCGUUAAGGACUCUGAGGACCCCAAUCCCCUUGUACGAGCACUGGCGAUACGGACGAUGGGCGUGUUACGGGCCCAAAAGAUCAUCGACUAUCUCUGUGAUCCUCUGCAACGAUGCCUACGCGACGAGAAUCCAUACGUGCGGAAGACAGCAGCACUCUGCGUCGCCAAGCUUUACGAUCUGAAGCCAGAACUGGUUCUGGAGAAUGGGUUCUUAGAUCAAUUGCAUGACAUGAUCUCGGACAGCAAUCCUACGGUGGUCGCAAAUACGGUCUCCGCACUCACUGACAUACACGAGGCCGCUUCCUUGAAUCCUUCUGGCCCCAACGAUCCGGGUAUCUGGACGCUGUCCUCUCAAGUUUUGAAUCGACUGCUCAUUGCUUUGCCUGAAUGUUCCGAAUGGGGGCGUAUCACCCUUCUAAACGCGUUGGCUCGCUAUGGUCCUCAGGAUGAAAAAGAGAGCGAACAUAUCUGCGAACGGGUCUUGCCUCAAUUUCAGCACGUCAAUGGCAGUGUGGUACUUGCCGCGGUCAAAGUUGUGAUGAUUCACAUUCGCGGUGUUUCCCGUGAGGAUCUGGUCAAACAAUUUCUUCGGAAAAUGGCCCCUCCUCUUGUCACAUUGUUGUCUUCGCCGCCGGAGGUCCAGUGGGUUGCGCUGAGAAACAUCAAUCUGCUCUUACAGAAACGACCUGAAAUCCUGGCAAACGAGAUGAGGGUGUUCUUUUGCAAAUACAAUGACCCGCUAUAUGUCAAGGUCGAGAAGUUGGAUAUCAUGGUCCGCCUGGCCUCGGACAACAACUUGGAUGCGUUACUCAGUGAGCUCAAGGAGUAUGCUUCUGAGGUUGAUGUAGAUUUCGUUCGCAAAAGCAUCAAGGCUAUUGGGCAAACCGCGGUUAAAAUCGAUGCCGCGGCAGAACGCUGCGUGAGCGUGUUACUGGAACUUAUCGGAACUCGGGUCAGCUACGUUGUGCAAGAGGCUGUUGUUGUCAUGAAGGAUAUCUUCCGGAAAUACCCUUCGACGUACGAGGGUGUCAUCCCAACACUUUGUGCCAAUCUCGAAGAAUUGGACGAGCCAGAAGCCAAGGCGUCGCUGAUUUGGAUAAUCGGAGAGUACGGUAAUAAAAUCGACAACGCGGCGGAUCUACUGGCGAUAUUCGUUGACUCGUUCAUGGAGGAAACCAAUGUCGUACAGCUACAAACGCUUACGGCCGUUGUCAAACUGUUCCUGAAGAAGCCCGAAUCAUCUCAGGGCAUCGUCCAAAAGAUCUUAGACACGGCAACCAAAGAAAGUGACUCUCCAGAUGUGCGAGACCGAGCGUACAUUUAUUGGAGACUGUUGUCUACAGACACAGCUGCAGCCAAGGCUGUAGUUUUAUCCCAGCGACCGCCGAUAUCUAUACCCCAGACGACAGUAGCACCUGCUCUGCUGGAACAGCUCUUGGGUGAAAUUUCAAGUCUUGCCAGUGUCUACCACAAACCAGAAGAGACGUUUGUUGGGCGUGGACGUGUUGGAGCAGAUUCUCUGCAGAAAGGCGAAGAGGAUGUCUUUUCUGCACGAAAAGCGCUGGAAACUGUUGCCCAAGGACAGCAAGCAGAGAAUCUCCUCGAUUUCGGUGACGAUACCAUCACUAACGAGGCUCCCUCUGGGCUUGCCGCAACUCAGAUGUUGGCACAGCCAGCGGCUCAAGGCAUCGUCACUGGGCUCUCGGAGAACCCUCUUGAUGAUCUCGUCUCCAUUUUUGGUUCUGCGAACAUGGGAAUGGGAGGACCGGGCCCUAUGAGUGCAUUCGGUGGCAACGCGUUUGGGGGAAGUGUGUUUGGAUCUCCAGCAUCAGUGUCCGCUCCACCGGCUUCGUCGUCUGCUCUGGCGCCUCCAAUACCAGCACCUCAGCAAUCGCAGCCCCAGGAGGACUUGCUUGGCCUUUUCUAGGUUAUUGAUUUACGCACCCGAUCGAUGUGUAUUGUAUCCUACAAGCCAAGUACAGUUGGAGCACAGAAACGAUCCAAUCACUUGAGAACCUCCUCCCGCUCUAACACCGACUUUUCGAGCUUGAUGAGAAUGGUUGUGCGUGAGGGAUGCUGGGCCGUGGGGGUAUUGUGAGCAGUAACGCGAGCGGGCUAGGUUGCCGGUCAGGGCUCAUCGCAUAGCAGACAGAAACCGCACACGCACAAAUCCCAGACCAUCCAACACGGCCUCAACGAUACCAGCAGUAAACGAGGAGCAGCUGAGUUGACUCAUGUCUUUCGGAACGGAUAUAUAUCGCUCGACGAGUGGGUCGUUGUCGACGAUCAUGUACUCGUCCGCAUUCUCGACACUCUUCUCAAUCGCGUCAGCCGGUUUUCCAAACACCGCACGCCAUACUUGUGUAUGGAUGGACAUUAGAGCCGGCAGGAAGCGUAUCUCGCGCUUAGGGGCUUUGGAGGCAGCUUCAGCUCGCCAUACCAUCAACUCGAGCACCCGCGUUCCGAUACGAUAUCCCAGCGUGUUCAGCCUCCUCUCCAAGUCGUUUAUCCCGCUGACCCUCUUCUGGGUAUAUUGCACGAUCUCAGAGAAGAGAAAGGUGUAAGCCGCGCCAGAGACUUCGGUUAUUCGUGUUUUGUUCAGAUUCCGGUCAUAUAUGUUUGGUCGUACACCAGCAGGUUUGGGGGCUGGGGUUCCUGGACCUGAUGGGAGGGAAAACCGCGUGGAAGAGGCAGCAGGAGAGAGGUGUUCAACAGAGGACGAUUGAGAUGAAGUUGAAAGCACAGAUAUGCGUGAAUGUGGUUGGGAGUAAGCCAUAUUUAGCAGCCUCCGUCGCUUUCAUUCCAGAUGAUACGCACAAACGAUAGGGAGGGAACACGAAUCAUAAUCUACAAUUGUCCUAUUCUCUGCGCCAUCCUUUCUUUUACAGUCUGGUAUGCGCUCAUAAUGGUCUGCUCGUUGAUGACGAUUUCUGUCGUGUCAGCUCGGGGUCUACUGACGCGCGAAGCGAUGGCGGUCGAGUCGGUGUCGACGAUGAUACUAUAAAACGCGUGAAGUUUGCAUUCCAGAACCGUUACGGAUACGCACCCAUCGUCGAUAGUUUCGUCCAGACACAACAACACCAGAUCCAGAUUCUCCAAUACGUUCCUCUUUUCGACCUGAUUGCGUAACAAAAGGGAAAGGGCCUCGAAGAAGUUGUUCAGCGCCGUCGAAAGCAUGAGCUCGUUUUCGGUGGGACCAGCAAUCAAGUACAUGAUGAGGUCCAAAGAAUGCUUGUAUACUGCAAGGUGCCCAUCGUACAAGAUGAUAUCGCCUCCUUGCUUCUUGGUCUUCUGCCACAAACCCUUCUCGAAUGCCUUCUGCUCCUUCAAAGUGGUAAACUCUUUAGACUCGCCCUGCGGAUAGCUUUUGGGAUUGUAAUAUUUGGCCAGGACACGAGAACCCUCGCUAUCCAGGAUGAUGAACGACUGGAUGCUGUAGAGAGACAAAUUCAUUCCGGACAUGAUGACCCCCGGACACGUCAAGCGUAGUGUGAAGAGGAUGGGACGAUCACGUGAGAUCGUGCUCGUCCUACGCAACCCGAUUAGGAAGGGCGAUGCAGACCGCACUUAUCUUUCCUUGCGAUGGUUCUUCGAACGAUCUCCGACCAGAUCCAUGGAAAUUGCUUUCGUGGACACUUGGAGGACAUCUUUUACUGCGAGCCAAAACAUGCUCCGUCGAUGAGUAGGUAAUGAUGCUGACUGGAUAGCGAGAUCAGAUGCCGUUGUUCCGCCUCAAUCUCCUGCAAUCUCCUAAAUGGAAGCGGGGGUUACGGAUUACGGAUUACAACCGUGAUUGCAGCGAUAUGCUAACGCGCUCACGAUUAGAUCAUGGAUUUUCGGAUUUAUAAUUCGAAGUUCCGUGACGUCACAACAUUAUCGCCUCUCAUCUACCGCCAUGUCGAACACUCUCCCUGAGCUCCCGUACGCUUACGAUGCCCUCGAGCCCUACAUCUCGACGCAGAUCAUGACUCUCCAUCACACCAAGCACCAUCAGACUUAUGUCAAUGCUUUGAACGCUGCUGAGACUGCCUACGCCAAGGCGGCAAGCCCGAAGGAACGCAUCGCUCUCCAGGCAGCCCUCAAGUUCAACGGCGGAGGCCACAUCAACCACUCGCUCUUCUGGAAGAACCUCGCCCCAUCGGCGGAGAAGGGCGGCCCCGGAGGCGCUCUUAAAGACGGUCCCCUCAAGGAGGCCAUCAUUGCUCAAUUUGGCAGCCUCGACAACCUGCAAAAGGAGUUCAACGCCGCGACUCUCGGUAUCCAGGGCUCUGGCUGGGGCUGGCUCGGUCUCAACCCUGCUACCAAACGCCUCGAGAUCGCCACCACCGCAAACCAGGACCCUCUGCUCACUCUUGUCCCCCUGAUUGGUGUUGACAUCUGGGAGCACGCUUUCUACCUCCAGUACCUCAACGUCAAGCCUGAUUACCUCAAGGCAAUCUGGAAUGUCAUCAACUACGAAGAGGCUGAGAAGCGCUUCAUUGAGUCCUCCAAGCUUUAAGUUUUCGGGCUUAGCAAGAUCUUGUAAUCCACCCAGUCCAAUACGUCAUUCAGAAUAUCGAAAGCAAAUCAAAUAACCCAAUGGCUUGGAGUGCAAAGAAACGCGGAUGCAGGUUGUAUACGAACGAGAUGUAAAUUGAAACUGAAUGUGAAAUUAUGGCGAACGAGGUUUCAGCGGAAGAUGAUAGAUAUGUAGUCCUUACCUAAGCGCGAUUUGUCCAGUGUGAUAGUGCACGGCCACAGUGGGUCGAUGUGCUGUGGCUGUGAAGUGGUCUGAUUUCGACGCUUCUCUCAAAUGGGCUCAGAUGGUAAAAUGUCGGGCAAGCACGAGACGCCUUCUGCUCCUACUCUCAUGUCUGGAGACCUCGGACUUGACCCCAGCGACCCGCUGAAUCUGCUUCUUCACAACAGCGACCAGCAUAAUCAACAGUCGGACACGAGCACAGACACAGACUCAGUGGACGCACCCACUCCGCCAGAUUGGAAUUCACUGUCAGCUAUGUGGCCUUCUUUGGAUGAACAUGUACCCGGCGGAAAGGAUUUUGGUGUUGGAAUGGAUAUGGGCAUGGAUUUCGGGCUGGACAUGGACAAUAUGGACAUGUCAUUCGACGCUGUCGGGAUCGAGCCGCACUCCCUUUACCAUUAUACGGCCCCGGAGUCGUACACUGCACCCAAUCCAUUCCAACUAUUCUUUUUGGAUCAGCAAAACAACGACUCCAAGGCCAAUCUGGCGUUGGCUUCCCCAUUGUCGGACACCGCGAGCGGCAUUUCAUUCAACUCCCUGUCCCCACCGUCGUUCUCUCUCUCUUCCCCGAGUGAAGCGGAGCGAGCUCCGUCAUUGAGCUCAGGGUCUCCUUCCCCGCUGUUGCUUCCCACCCCUCCGCUCCCGUCCGCAUCCUCUCCACCGUCUACUUUCAUGCUUUCACCCCCAUCUGGCGUAGAGGACUCCACUGAACUUGCUCUGGCUUCGAAGGUUCUCAAGUCAGCCGGAGUUCAGUUGGGAGCGCUUCCCGGGCAAGGAGUCUUUGAUCUGGGGUUGAGCAUGAAUCUUAUCCGGGACCACGCCCGAGGAGUGGUCCCCUCCUCAGCGACUUCGCAACUUCCAUACACGACGGAACCUACUAUCUCAGCUCACAGCAAUUCGGCGUUUACUACUACACCCGUAGUCUCCUCGGGGUCUCUCAUGGACGCAUCAACUCCAGUUGCAAGCUCGUCCCGGCCUAAGACCAGUCACACUACGAUCGAACGGCGUUAUCGAACAAACCUCAAUGCACGCAUCCUUGCCUUGCGUGCAGCUGUUCCUGCCCUGCGUGUGGUAGAUCGUGCCGCCGCACUAAAGGCGUCGACGGAAUCGUCCCAUUCCAAUCCUAUUCCGGGUUCGUCUUCUAACGUGAUCCCGAAUCCGUUCAUCCCUGCGGACUCCGACGAAGAAGAUGUGAUCGACGCGCAAGGAUUGGUCGAUGGUGUCAAGUUGGCGCGCAAGAACUCCAAGGCAACAGUGCUGUUGAAAGCAACCGAGUACAUUCACGUCCUCAAGAACCGGGAGCGCCGGCUCAAAAAAGAAGUCACGGGGCUGAAAUCGCUGAUCAGAUCGCUCGUUGGUGGUGGUGACGCUGGUGAGAGGGUGAUUAGAACGUGGGAAAGCGAAUGGGGUGCCUUGGAAGGACCGGGUGUUACACACGGUCUCACUGGAUUGGAAGAGGAUGAUGAUGAAGACGGGGAUGACGAUAGUGACGAGGAAGGAAGAAAGAGAAAGAAGCCCAAGAUGGAUCCCAAGCCAAAGGCGACUAAGCCGGCGCCCAAGCCCGCGGCCGUCACAGCUCAAGAUGGACAGCCGACCGAGAAAAAGAAGCGUGGCCGGCCCAGGAAAGUCGUCCCGACGUCUAACCCAGCUACAUCCUCCGUUCCACCGCACACAACAACUCCUCUCCAGUCCAUCUCCUCAGAAACGUCGGCUACCGCUCCUGCUAGACAAUAUCUUCUCGGUGCAUUUGCCUUAUUCUCGUUCUUCGCCAAUGUCAAGCAGUCUCCGCCUGUCCAUCACACUCACGAGGGUCAUGUACUGGCGCGCCUUUCGACUUCGACUCCACAGAACGUCGGGAUUAUCCAGUCCUUCCACCUGCUUGUUAGCGUGCUGGUGCUGACGAGUGUGACUUGGCCCCUUGUCCGAUGGGGCUGGAGCACAUUACGAGCACCGCGAACCAAGCCUUCUGUACGGUUGGUGGUAGAAAGCGAAGACACCGAUUCGGACGAGUCCGUUUCUGUCUCCAGCGACGAAGUCGAUGCUAUCUCUUCUGUUGUCAAAGACGCGGAGCGCUGCAUCCUGAAUGAUAAUUCCCGACUGUCAUCGCGACUUUCUGCUGCACUUCGCCUCAAUCGUAAAUCUGAAAGCCGACUUCUUGCACUAUUGAUGCGGCCUGUGCCGCUGAUUGGUGGACCUGUGGCUAGAGCGCUUUGGGACGAAGGAAUGGGUCUCACCGUCGAGGACGCUCUUGCUCGCGUGUCUUGUUGCCCUGAAAAAGACAAUGUCCUUCGAGCUCUGGAAGGCACUCUUGCGACUGAAGGUCUUCGAGAUGUUGCUGCCAGAUGUUUUGUUCAGACUGUUCUCGGAGAUUCGAUGCCGGGUGAUGACGCAAAAGCACUGCGAGUUGCCAGUGAGCUUGGCGGUAGGGUGGGUAAUCUCGCCAGUCGAGUGCGACGCGUUCAGCAAGGGUACAAUCUGAAUGCUCAAGUCGGCGGCACCUGCAGCGGACAGGCCGAAGCGGACACUGUCAAGUUGCUGCAUGCGACGAGUCUUUAUCGGCAAUUUUUGGAGACUCCGACUGCAUCUGUAAAGCUUGCCCUGCGAGCCGCUUUGGGCAGCAGCAAUGUCUUCGAGGAAAGCAGGACUGUUGAGGAAGCGAAGGAUCUCAUCGUGGAUAUGCUCACAGCUCGCUAGAUGUGACGCGGACAUCUUGUACACUAUUUAUCUACAAAUACAAUCCAUAAGUACUGUAUAACAUCGGGUACCGGGCCACCUUAACGUUUUUGGCCUGGUGCUCGAUACUGAUACAUAAAAUUGGGUGGCCUAUGUAUUCUAAUCUAUGGGCAAGGAUCCUAUCUAAG